GCUGAAGCUAUCUUGGGCAAAAACCUAGUGAUGAUUUACCUUGGUGCGAUAUUGUUACUGGGGAUCUCCAUAUCGUCGGUGCUGGCUGUGAUGGAGUGUCCACCAAGUGUAAGCAAUCCGAUCGAAGCAGCGCUCGACAACGAUCAGAUCUUCAGCGCCUGUGCCUCUGGCAUCCAGGGAGCUCAAGUCAAGACACUAUUUGACGUGCUCAACUUCUCCGAUCGCGAUUUCCUUGCUUUCUGCCGCUCUUCUCGCUGCAUCAAGCCCGUGGCGAUGGUGCUAGAAUCCAUACCGACUGACUGCCUCAUCACCUACCAUGGCUCGGCACGCAACCUGUCCCAAGAGAUUUCGACGUUGUAUCACCACUGCGCGCAAGUUGUUGGAAGUGCAGACAAAACCGACGAGGACUACGUGUACAGAUACUUUUUAGAUUAGUUUUGUUAGAAGGUGACAAGAUGCCUUGAAUUUUUUUAACAGCUCAAACGAAAUUCUUCCAAAACCUCAUGCCUUCCACUAGGUGUGCGAUUUGAAUGACAUCGAUCAUUGUAUGUGGC